AUGCCCCCUCCUGUACCUUCCAUACUAGAGCAAUCCUACGGCCCCAACACGGCCAUUCGCUCGUAUCUCGUUCGGAUUGUAGAAGCCGACUCGGAUGAGGGAACUAGCGAGGGAGCAAGAAGUCGACAAGGUGACAUUACGAACGGAUCAAAGUUGGCGCUCCGAAGGCGAUGCUCGUCUCUCACUUCCCCCGUCCAUGUACUGGGUGCAUACAAGCCAGUAGAUAAGAAGAUUCGGCCCGUACCUGGCGUCUUUCCACAAGAGGCCGCGGUGACCCGAACAAUCCCUGAAGAUCCUCUGCUUUCUCUACCCGUCCUACCAACACACCCGCCCGACUUCGAGCCAACCGAGCGGCUCUCGCGCGAGCGUCUCGACUCCAUGAAGCUCAACGAGGACGGGACACUUUGGCCAGAAGAAGUCAAGUUAUUCGAACACAUCAUCAGGUUAUGCGAUAAAUCACUGGCAUUCAGCGACGACGAACGAGGUACGCUAAGGCAAGACUACUUCUCUGAUUACAUUAUACCGACAGUUCCGCAUAUACCCUGGACGCACAAGAAUAUCCCUAUCCCGCCGGGAAUCGAACCGCAGGUCAUCACGAUGCUCAAGGACAAGAUCCGUGCUGGCGUGUACGAACCCGCCCAAUCUAGCUACCGUUCUCGCUGGUUUUGCAUUGUUAAGAAGAACGGUAAGCUGCGCAUCGUUCAUGAUCUACAAACGCUCAACGGGGUCACUAUCAAGGACACUGGCGUACCUCCGCACCUCGAUCCAUUUGUAGAAAAGUUUGCGGGACGCGCGUGCAACACCGUCUUCGACCUGUUCUGGGGCUUCGACACCCGCCGUAUACACCCCGCCAGCCGCGACAUGACCGCGUUUCAGACCCCGCUUGGUACGCUACGGCUUACGGCCAUGCCUAUGGGAUUUACGAACUCACCCGCCGAAUUUCAGAACUGCAUGGUAUUCAUCCUGGGCCCUGAAAUACCCGAGACCGCCAACAUCUUCAUCGACGACCUCGCUAUCCGCGGACCUGCUACGGUGUACCCUGAUGCGGACGGCAAUCCAGAGCUGUUCGAGCAUAACCCGGGCAUUCGUCGGUAUGUCUGGGAACACGCUCAGGAUGUCCUUCGCGUGAUGCAUCGCAUCAUGUGCGCAGGUGCGACGUUUAACCCGCUCAAGGCGCAAAUAUGCGCACGCUCAGUAACAAUACUAGGGCAAACCUGUACGCCCGAGGGCCGGUCAGUUGAAUCGAACAAGUCCGAAAAGAUCUCGGAAUGGCCUGCGCCGCGCAACGCGACCGACAUACGCGGGUUCUUGGGUCUGUGUGGCACAGUACGCAUCUGGAUCGAGGGCUAUUCAAAGCUCACGCGACCACUCACAGAACUCACACGGAAGGACGCCGAAUUUGUAUGGACUGACGCUCGCCAACAGGCAUUCGACGAACUCAAGCAGCGAGUCGCUUCCGCUCCCGCUCUGCGUUCGAUCGACUAUGAAAGCGGCCGCCCCAUCAUUCUGUCCGUCGACUCCAGUCAAACGGCGGUAGGAUUCAUUCUCUCGCAGCUUGACGAGCACGGCAGACGACAACCUGCACGAUAUGGCUCCUUACCUAUGGGCGACGUCGAAAGCCGGUACUCACAAGCAAAGCUAGAAUUGUAUGGCCUGUUCCGCGCCAUGAAGGCGUUUGGUCUCUACCUAGUCAACGCGCACCCAUCACCACCUGGGGUGGGACCUUACGGAACGUCCCAUAUCUAUUCACAUGGCCGUUCCGAACGGGGGCCUCGCCGUUCCGAACGUGGACCUUUUCCGAACGGGCCUCAGGGCAAGGCACCUUUCGGCCGGCAAUCAUCGCCGAAGGCGAUUGACACCGAGACGCACGUGCACGCAGCCAAGGUCAAAGAACAAAACGACAUUUGA